AUGGCUCCCGUUUUAUCCACCUCCAAAACGACCCGAGAUUUGAUGCCUGUGGGUAGGAAAAAUUCAUUACCAAUGUCAAACAUCGGGCCAGGAAUUUCAUUUACGAAAAGAUCCGAGGAUAACCGUCUCAGUCGAGCACCACGUGAUCUCAGUCCUAACAUAUUAUUCCAAACUCGGCGCAGAAAACGCCACGCAAGUUGUGAAGCCACAAUACACUCAUCGUCCGCUCACAAAAGAUUCCUUGAGGAUACUGACAAAACAUCACCACCGAUCCUCACUUCUCGUGAUAUGGCAACGGGACUGGGAAAAGAGCUUCCUACUUUUGCUUCAAAUUUUCAUGCCCCUCCGCAACUUUCAGCUGCUAGCUCUAUGCCUGGUUUCCCCACUGGAUGUGGGUUCGACGCAUCAGAGAGCAAUAUGCACUCAUUCCCGGUCGGUGCACUAUCCACUGCCGUUUCGUUCGGUAUGCAUCCAGAUCCCAAUUCUCUUAGACAAAACCCAUCCGAUUUGCCGUUUAACGCGGCCUACAUGAAUCCACUUUUCCUGUCCGCACUCAUGUCCAGCGGUUGUUGGCCCUUUACUUCAUUUGUUCCGGGUGGACCAACCUGCUCUGGUCCCGGUCCCGGUGGCAGUGGCGGCGGCACCGGAGUUAAUGACUGUGGUAUCAGUAACGGUGGUAUUGGGAGUGGAAGCGGUAUCAAUGGGCUAGAUUCUACUAGUACAAUGAACGGUUGCACUUUAGACUCGACCACAUUCGGCACAAACCCACAACGGCCUCUCUCGCGAACAACCUUUCCUUCCAUUCUAUCCCCGGCAUCCACCGCCGUUUCAUCGUGCACCCAAGGGACUUUACAAGGAAAAUGUACGAAAAAUCCAUCUACAAACAUGACUAGUCCAGUGGGCACAGUUGAAUCCAGUCUAAUUUGCAGCACAAAUAAAUCUGCUAACAACACUACGUUGACACAGGGGCGUGGUUCUUUUCACCAAUCCAACACAAGUCCUUCCAAUCAAACAUCCAGCACAUCCUUAUCCGUCUCGUCGUCAUCACCGUCAUCAGUUACAACAGUAUCUGCCUCCACAACUGCAGCCACAACAGCUCCCGCUUCUCUCAUUUCUAACUCUGCCUUCGCACAAGGUUUAAUGCCCAAAUCGUUGUUCGGUUAUUCACCAUUCGUCCCAACUCAGCAAACACCAUCUCCAAAGUGCAAUCCUCUGUUGAGCCAACAGCUGUCGUUCCCUGUUCAGUUAAAUUUACUCGGAUCCGCGGGUACACUAUCCGAUCCGAAUCAAUCUGCCCUGGCAAAUGCCAUUUCCGCUUGGUGUACGCAGCAGGCUGAAACUGCUGCUGGUCUCUUACCGUACCCCUCUAUAGCGCCGAACCAAUUCCUACCCAUGCUUAAUCAAUCCCUGAUAGAAAAUAAUACAGAACUGACUACAACCACAACCACCAGUAAUACAAAUACGGUACCCAGCAUGGGGAAUACAGUCAGCGGGAUCAGUAUGAACACGAACAGCAGUAUCAUGACAACUUUACUCAAUUCCACUGCAUCGGCGGAUCACUCGGGCACAAAACAGACUGGUACACUAAUUCCCGAAGCUGCAUUCAGUCUGGCUCGACUCAAUGAGUUUGCCCAGUUAAAUUUGCCUUCCAGUUUUCCGGUAGAUCCAACCGCAUCAGACAUGAACCCGCUGAGUACUGGGACAGGCGGUAGUAACGUAGGUAGUGGGAGUGCCUCCACUGUGGCGAAUGCUACCGGCGGUGGUAAUACUACCAGUGGUACUGGAGAGGGUGGUGGGGUUCCCGUUGGGUCACAAAGAUCCCCGUCUCAGAACAAUCGUUUGAAUACGAUCUCCCAAUCCAAUUACUUUUCAUUGCCCACAUCAAUGGGAAUGGACCAUGCCGGUACAGUUGUCGGCUCCGUACCCGGUACACAUCCCUCUUCAUCGCUGGCCGCGAUGAUGGCUGCAGCCGCGGCUGCUAUGGCUGGUAUGUGCGGCACAAACCGCCCCGAGUUGAAUAUGCAAAACAACGCAACUGGUGUUUCGCAUCGCCCAGGAAACGAUGAGGACGGCUUGGCCGAGGACGAAAGAAGUGAUGAAGAAGGGGAUGAAGAGGAUGGUGAAGUGGAUGAGUUUGUCAAAGAAAUGCUUCUUCAUUCGGAACGACAAAAUCCAAAUGAGAGUGAGGAAAUGUUGGAUAGUAAAUGUAUUCGCCCCGGCUCCGCGCGACCUGCAUCACGUGCCAGUGGAGAGUUGAACGCUUCACGUACUAGUCGAGUUCAUUCAAACAACGGACAAGGUACCGGUUCACCAGACAAGGAAGCACAUAGUGAACAGAACAGUCCGUCAUAUACUGAGACGAAUCGACCACAUGGUCGUCAUUCUGGUGAUCGCGGUUCCGGAGCGGGAGGAAACGGUGGAAGUGCGCAUACAUCCUCACCUAACGCCACUGAUUCUCGGCGAGGUGGUUUAGGAUUUAUGAGCGGCAGUGGCGGAGGUAAAGACGCACAUGAUUCUAUGACUUUGGCUACCGGUGGUGGUAGCACUCGAGCAUCUUCUUUCGGUGAAUCUAGUCCUAUGGAUGCUGACAACAAAUGUGGCGGGACGCCGUCCUCUGCGAAUGCCGGUUCCGGAGUCGGUCCGGGUGGACUUUUCAGCAUUCGUCGUGCUGUGGGUUUAUCGCGGACAAACCUACCGUUUCCGGCAAGGAAACGCUUGUUUGGUUGGCUAGUCGAUCACCUACGCGAACCGUACCCUUCAGAAGAGGAGAAAAUGAUGUUGGCGAUGGAAACCGGCCUAUCUCGAACUACAGUAAACAAUUGGUUUAUCAACGCGCGUCGUCGUUAUGUGAAGCCAUUGAUGCAGGGUCGUCUUGUACUUCAGUCUGGAGUAUUCAAAACCGUGUCGAGUGAAUCUUGUACACCCAUGUCACCUCCGUCCCCAACAAAUACAUCCGGAUUCAACGCAACUCAUGCAUCGUCGACCACAUCGCCCUUUCCUACCCCAAAAGUCAAUCACCCUCCCAGUCCUCUAACAGAGAAUGCAAUUAAUAUGGUUCGUGACAGACCCGGUUCUAGACGCGCACCAACAUCCCAAUUUUCCUCACCGUUCAGUACGGCCGUGUUUACCUCGCCUAGCACACCAACCCCUCCGUUAGUGUGCGAUUCUAAUUCAAUACCAUCCGGUACCACUUCUGGAUCUGCCUUUCACUCUAAUUUAUUUCAGUCCGCACCUCCAGGAGUAAGUGCACCAAAAUCUAGUUCCACAGAUGCUCUAUCAGCCAUGGCAGUUGCUGCUGCUGCAGCCGCCGCCUUUGCCCGUGCAGGAAUCACUACGACCGGACCGGACUCCCGCACAUUCUCCACGACGUUCAGUAAUGUACUAGCAUCUAAUCCAGCUUUGGCCCAGUUGGCACACCAUUCCGAAUCCGGUGCAACUGUCGACACUCAUCCACUGGACACGUUAGGUGCUCUGUCCUCCAAAACAAUUUUGUGCACUAAACCGGAGAAAAUCCUGGGGGACUAG